AUGGAAGAAUCUAAUCCAUCAAUAUUGAUAUCUUCCCAAUCUUCAUCUCCAAUUUUUUCUCCGUCUCCUUCCCCAUCAAGCCCAUCAAUCUCAACAUCAUCACAUUCCAGUUCACCUUUAACUUCAAUGUCUCCUUUAGACAAAGAUAUCGAAAUAUUAUAUAACAACGAAAAUAAAAUUGAUAUUUUAUCUUUAUCAAAUACAAUUUUAAUUAAAAUUCUUAGAAAUGUAGUAUCUGAUUUUGACAGAAUUUGUUUUGUUUUAUCUUCUAAACAACUAUUUAUUAAAUCUUCAAAAAUAUUGUUCUUCACACGUAACAACCUUCACCCUAAAGAAUUCUAUAUAUUAAAAUCAAAAUUUAGAUUGAAUUCUUUUAAAACCAAUCUUUUCGACACUCUUUCAUUCGGAAAAUGUAAUAGUAACAAAAUACCAGAGAACUGUACACAUUUAACUAUUCAUUCUAGUUGUACAGAGGUUAUUAAACCAGGUUUAAUUCCAAAAACUGUUAAAUAUUUGCAUUGGAAUGUCAAUCAAAUUCCGGGACGUGGUGUUAUCCCAUGUGGUUUAAAAAGACUUCAUUUCGGAAAUGAAUAUAAUCAACCAACCACUAGCCUUCCAAAAAACAUCACAUAUCUAGAGUUUGGGAAUACUUUCAAUCAGCUAUCGGUACUACCGAAAUCACUUUUGCACCUUCGAUAUGCUAUUGGUGAGCAAGAACCAGUGUGUAACCCAACGGGGACAACACACCUCCACUACGAUAGACCAACUUUAGAUAUAAAACAAAUAGUCAAAUCAGUUAUUUCUAUUGAUUUUGGAAAGAAAUUCAAUGAACCGAUCACUAAGAAUCAACUAUCGCAAACCAUUACACAUUUAGCGUUUGGAUUCAGUUAUCAGCACAAAUUUGAAGUUGGUGUAUUACCUUUGUCAUUAAAAUCUUUAAUCUUUGGAUUCAACUAUAACCAAAUGAUCGAAAAAGAUGUUCUUCCAAGAGGAUUGAAACAUCUAAAUCUUGGUCAGAGUUAUAGUCUUCCGAUUGGAGAAGGAGUCCUACCUGAGGGAUUGGAAUCUGUAGACUUUGGAAAGAUAUUUGACCAUCCUAUUGUAUCAAUACUUCCCAGUACUGUAAAAAAUAUUUCACUUCCAGACAACUACAUUCAUCCAUUACCAAAGACUUUGGAAAUGGUUUCUUCUGGAUAUAAGAUUUUAAAUCAACUAUUCGAUCCUAAUAAUAAUAAUCAACAACAAUCUUCACCACUCGUAAAAAGAAUAUUUAUAAAUACAUUUAGAUUACACGAAAUCGAAAUUCGAAUAUUGGACAAUAAAAAUGCUUUGUUCCUUACGAGGUCACUUGAAGGGGGAAUCAUUAAGACUGAAUCUCUCAAAGACGGUACUUUUUUAAAAACAUUAAAUUAA